UUCUUCUGCCGGGGUUCAUCCCGGUUUAAUGAAACCCACCGGCGGAUCCUCCUGGUUAAAGUUUUUUUUUUUUAAUUCUUUAUUGGACAGCAUGACAACCUCAUUGCCACAUCUGCCCGAGGUGUUGGUGUUGGCGGUGUGUGUGUGUGUGCGGGGGGGAUUGCCAUGCACAGAUAUCGUGCCACACUGAAACACGGGGGCUGACGCGCCGCGCAGCCGUCUGGAGGGGAUUCAAAAUGAAAGCGCUCGCAGGGAGCUGAGAGACAAGGGCUUAAACCCUCCCUCCUUCUCCCCUCGUUUAACCUCCAAAAGGGGGAUUUCUCCAGCUGGAAAUUUUUCUGCUGCGUCAACACCCAACCCGAGGAGGACCAGACAAGACAGACAGAGAGAGAGCGAGAGAUAGAGAGGAGCAGACAUUUGGAGGAGAGGCUUUUGUUCAGCUACACAGAUGAACAACAGGAAGGAGGACAUGGAGAUCGCCUCUCACUACCGUCAGCUCCUCAGAGAGCUCAAUGAGCAGAGGCAGCACGGCAUCCUCUGCGACGCCUGUGUCAUCGUGGACGGAAAGAUCUUCAAGGCCCAUAAGAACGUCCUCCUGGGCUCCUCACGCUACUUCAAGACUCUUUACUGCCAGGUUAAAAAAGGGGCCGAGCCUCACCACCAGACUACUGUCACUCACCUGGACAUCGUCACAGCGACUGGCUUCAAAGCCAUCCUGGACUUCAUGUACUCUGCACACCUUGCCCUCACCAGUAAGAAUGUGAUCGAAGUCAUGUCAGCCGCCAGCUACCUGCAGAUGACAGACAUUGUCCAGGCCUGCCACAGCUUCAUCAAGGCUGCACUGGACAUCAGCAUCCGCUCUGAGAUGGCUGACGAACUGGCUGACUUUGAGAUGGGAGCUGUUGCUGCUGCAGGCAUAGGUGGAGGUGGAGGAGGUGGCGGUGCAGUAGGUAUAACAGGAACAGGAGGUGUUGCCGGAGCAGGUUUAGGAGGAGGAGGGGGUAUAGUGGGCAUGGCAUCUGAAGCUCUGGCCUCCAUCAUGUCUGGUCGCAGCACCUCCCCUUGGCUGGCGCGCCGCACUAGUCCAGCCAACUCUUCUGGGGACUCGGCCAUCGCCAGCUGCCAUGAGGGAGGCAGCACGUAUGGCAAGGAGGACCAAGAACCCCCCAAGAGCCAUGAGAGCCAGGAGGAAGCCUGCCACGACUCCCAGCCCGCCUGGCCGCACGACUACAGGCCUGUCACCGUCAAAGAGGAACAGGUGUCCCCCGCGUCGUCCUCUCAUCCACGGGACACUCCCAGGGGGGCAGCCCAGAGCCAGGGGGAACAAGGAGCUGGAGGGGCUGCUGGGGGAGGUGGCGAGGGACCCUGGCAACCCCUAUCAGGAUCAGGGCGGAGAAAGAACAGGAAGAACAAGGACACAGUCAGACAUAUUACCCAGCAGGCUGAGAGGAACUGGGACAGAGAGCGGGACAGGGAGCGAGACAGGGACAGUAGGCCCGGAUCUCCUCUGCCCUCCAUGCUGGCCGUGGCUGGAUGGAACUACAAUGGACAGGAAAUCCCAGGGGCAGACGUGACCGAACCCAACAGCUCAGACAGCCGCGGUGAACGCCUCGACUUCUUCCUCAAACAGGAAGAGGCUCUGACCACAGAGCCCAGCUACCUGGGUCCCAACGAAUCGGAGGAGGCCGGGGGAGGAGCUGGGGGUGGAGCGAUCUCGUCUGUAGCCAAUCUGAAGGCGGCGCUGAUGAGUAAGAACAGCCUGCUGUCACUGCGGGCGGAGAUGAUGGGAGAUGAUAACCCCUUGCUGUAUGAGUACCUGCCCAAAGGAGGACACUCCCUUUCUUGGCUCCGCUCCAACAACUACUGCAGCACGCUCCGGCCAGGGGCCACGGGGGCCACUAUUCAUAACAAACAGGGGGCUGGCUCCUCUCCUCCUCCUCCUCCUCUUCCUCUUCUUCUUCCUCAUCUUCCACCAUCACCACCACUACCGCCAUCAUCAACAUCAGCAUACUGCCCACCCACUCCACCCACGCCAUUGCACCCCUCUGAGCCUCGGCCCCUGGAGUCCCCCGGUCUGCGGGCUGGGGCACCCCCACUGCGCUCAGAAGGGUUGGACAUGGAAGUGGAAGAGGCCCCCGAGGGCCCGGAGCCCUCCACCCCGCCUGAGGAGUGCGAGAAAGACAAAGAUGACGCGAGAGGGCACGGCACAGGUGACCAGUCUCCUGUCGAGAGGGAUCAGAUGGGCGAGGAGAGCUGUGCUGGUGGCUUGACUGUGCCUGCGUCAGUGUCCGUGGCUGGUAGAGGGAAUAAAGGGCUUAGGGGACUGGGCGAAGAGGUUGGGUCAGGGAAAAGAUUCCUGCCAGAGCCCGGUGCCUGGCCAUCGCAGGGGUUCGCCUGCUCCCUGUGCAAACGGCUGUUCAGCAGCCUGGAGCAUCUCAGGGAACACGAGUACCGCCACACCCUCUCUCUGAUGGCCUUGUCCCUGGACUGGCCAGGCAUGCAGGGCCCGCACCGCCAACCGGCCCAGCCCCAUCACCAGCCGCAAUCCCAGCCUCUCCACCUCCACCAGUCUCUCUACCGCCCCGCAGUGGCCGAGCCCACGCCGGCGCGCUACCUCUGCUCCCAGUGCCCCGCCAGCUUCACCCUCAAAUCCAACGCCGACCGGCACGAGAAGACCAUCCACUUCAAGAAGAAGCUGAUGCAGUGCGUGUACUGUCUGAAACACUUCAGAGACCGCACAGACCUGCACAGGCACCUGUCCUCCGUGCACUCCAAAGAGAGAGGGCACACCUGCCCUGCCUGUGCCAAGGCUUUUAGCACCCAGAAGAACCUGGCGACACAUGUUAAAGUGUGCUGCCAGGUGGGGUCUGUGCCAGGGGCUCUACUGGGAGGCAGCACUGGAAUGGAAAUGUCUCAGGGCGGGGUUAUUGAUUCACUGUGGAGGCUCUCUCAGGAGAUGAAAGUUGACAAUCAUAAUCUCAGCAUCAAUGUGGAGAAUUAAAACUGGAUCUAGAGGCUGCAGGCUCAUGUACACAGCCAUUCAUGCCCAUCAAUUAGCGGUGUAUUGUCACAUGAGUUGUACGUUCAUGCCAAAAAUGCUCUGUGGUGUCGUUGCACUGAGAAGGGAAGAGUUCCUUUUAGAAUCAAACGUCUCGAGAGAUGAUUAUAAGCACUGAGGGACUCUUUUUCUUCUUUUUUUUUUUUACAACAAAUUUUAUGUCGUUCCAUUAUUUUUUAAUAGGCGAUUUAACAGGAACUGACAGCUCAGAUGUCAAUAAUGCACAACUGCUAUGCAAAGCUGUCCUGUUUGAAUAACCGACUGAAAAUAUAUGCAGUUUUUUAAAAGUAUCUUUAGGUUUGCGUGUGUGCGCACUUACUGGACCCAUGAACAGGUGAAUCACUUUCCGCUGUGGUGUCGGGUGGAGAGACGGGGAGGCAGGUUUUUUUUUUUUUUACGCCUCCCAGACCUAAACCACUUGUCUGGCUCUCCGUCGCCAGCCAGUCACCAGUCUGACUAAACUCUCCUCUCCUUUUUAGGCAGAGAGAUCUUUAUCUUCAUGUCCACCCCUGCAUUACGGGCACAAAGACACUUAGACCCAGUUCCUAUCUGCCAGUCGUCUGUGUGGCUCACAGCACACACAACCACACCACCUGCAGGAACUUUGCGGCAUUGCAGCAUGAGAGUAGAUUUAAGACCCAAAGCAGAUUAUUUCUCCUUUUUUCACUUGAUAUUAGAAAAAGCAGAAAACUUAUUGUAGUAUAUGUGCGAAGACUGUGGUUAUUUUUAAUUUAGAGAAUGACGACAAACAAAGUAUUUCUACCACAGAUCCACCUUCAGUGGACAGGAAGGAGUGUGUCCUUAGUCCUCAGUCCGACGUGAUUACCUAGAGUCAGACCAGUGCAGAUGGAGGGGAUGCGCCCAACAAGACAAAGCCAGCUAAAACAAUGGUUGGGUAGCAGCUCAGAUGGGGGUUGGGUGGUGUCAUUUUCUCCCUCUUUCUCUGUGUCCAUCUCCUCUGUCCCAGAUCUGUAAGUCUUCUAGUGGCUGGAGCUGGACAGUAAUUGGUCCUUCACGGCUCCGGCCCUCCUUAACCCCCGACCCUGCCUCUGAAGAGGAAGUGUGGGGACAAAGGGCCAGCUUAGUGAUGUCACCGCCGCAGACAGAAAAUGGUGCGGCCGUGAGUAUGAGGUAGAAGAAAAUGUGUGUGUGUGUGUGUGUGUGUGUGUGUGUGUGUGUGU